CUUCUCUUUGAAGCACAAUGUCGAGGCGUGGACUGUCGGCGCGUGGAGGCGCGUCGCGAGGUGCUCGCGGUGGCUUUUCCUCUACCGCGUCCAUCAUGACUGCGCUGACGGUGAAUGCUCAGCCGUCUGCAGCCGCUUCUUCGCAGGCAGCGUCUUCGUCUUUGUCAGUGACUGCUCCCGGUCUCUCAGCGGCGCCAGGCAAUCCGUCCUCUCUUCCCAGCUUUGCUGCGUUGCCCGCCAUUCUGGACACCAGCUCGUGCAUGCACCUCAUCAGCACGCCCACUGGAACUGGAAGCGACGUCAAACCGCCAGAACUGAUGAACGCGUACUCGUCGCAGACGGCAUUCGUGGUGGAGGGUGUUGAUCCAACGCGCGUUGCGCAAGCGUGUCUGGGGAAUCGCUUCACUGCCCUUCUUGUGGACGGGGCCAUCUGCAUCGCCGCGACCUUUGCGAGCGUGUACAACUCGAGCUCAACCGCAAAAGUCAACCGCACCAUUGAUGCCAAACACACCCACUGGUGGCGCCCGACAAGUGACGGUGUUGCGAGCGUUGCCGGUGGCGCGUUCGUCGCCAUUUCAGCAAUGCACUCUGACUUGGUGGCGCUGGGCCGCGAUGGACUGCUGUACCACUGGACGUGGCCCGCGGCCGGCGACGUGGCGCAGACGGGCGAGCCCUCGUACGUUCGUGGCGUGCAUCCCCGCAUGGAUUGGCUUGGCCUUGCCGUGGCGGAUGGCGAGAAGCUGACCAUGCUCGCGUCCAGCUUUUUCCGAGCGACAGUCGUCUCCUCCACCGGGAGAGUUGCUACGUGGGCGGACACACGCUUGCACAUGUAUGCCGAUGACCUUGGUGGUGGCACCGAGUCCAUCUUUGCGCGACUCGAGCACACGCUCGGGUCGUUCGGCGACCAGACCAGCAAGCUUGCGCAGGCCAGCGCCGAGGAGACUCCCGCGCGCGUUCCCGUCAAUUUUGCGGACGACCCCAUUGCGCAAGUCGCAGUCACGGAGCUUGCAACCUGCGUGCUCACCCAAGGCGGCUGCACCUACUGGUGGGGAUUGCUCGGGAAUCCCAGCGAAUCGCUGGACGUGUUGCGCACGCGCGUCAAGUCGACCACCGCUGCGUCGACUUCCAGCAAAGACUCGGAGACGACAGUGAAAGUUGGCGAUGCAAUUCUGGUCAAGAAGGACGCGUCGCGUCAAAACGAUUCCGCCACUGCUGCGCCCACGCGUGUGCUUGCCUUCAGGUGCUCCCGAGGUGUUCCGCGGCUUGGCCUGUUGCAGUCGGCCACGCGGUCUGCCAGCGGAAACUACGUGUUCAAGCCGCUGACUUCCCAGUCGCUCAAGCAAGUCGUUGCUGCAUCUUCGACGGUAGAUGCGGUUCCUUCUGCCGACACGAGCGCAGCAAGUGCACCGUCCGCCAACACGACCUCAGAAGAAGCCUCGGCUGCUCCGACCGCUCGACGAGGCCUCGUCACUGCGACGAGCGUGGUUGACGAUGACAGCCCCAUGCAACCUCCAUCGCCCCCUACGGAACUUGAGGUUCCGACCUCAACUGAUAACAGCAGCAGCAGCAACAACAACAACAACAGCAACAAUGCCAACACCAACGCUCCGCAGAGCGCCUUUGGCGGAACAUUCACCGGCUUUGGAAACUCGAGCAACACUGGCUUUGGUAGCUCGAGCACGGGCUUUGGGAGCUCGAGCACGGGCUUUGGUAGCUCGAACACCGGCUUUGGGAGCUCGGGCGGUAGUCUUUUUGGCAACUCGGGCAACACUGGCUUUGGCAGCUCGGGCAACACUGGCUUUGGUAGCGGCGGCGGCGGCCUCUUUGGCAACACCAAUACCAACACUGGCGGCGGCCUCUUUGGCAACACCAAUACCAACACUGGAGGCGGCUUGUUUGGCAACGCCAAUACCAACACUGGAGGCGGCUUGUUUGGCAACGCAAAUACCAACACUGGUAGCAGCCUCUUUGGCAACACCAAUACCAGUUCUGGCGGUGGUUUUAGCAGUGCAGGCACGACAGGCUUUAUUGUGAACAACAACAACAACAACAACAGCGGCCCUCGCUUUGGCUCUACCACCUUUGGUAGCGGCAGCGGUGGUGGUCUGUUUGGCGCUCCUGCCGGCACUUCUACAUUUGGUUCUACUCCUGCUCCUUCGUUUGGCGGUGGCUUUGGCACCACCAGUACCGGCUUUGGCACCACCAGUACCGGCUUUGGCACCACCAGUACCGGCUUUGGCGGCAACACGAGCACUGGCUUUGGUAGCAGCAGCAGCGGCGGUCUGUUUGGCGCUCCUGCCACGACGACAUUUGGCAGUGGCUUUGGCACCACUAGCACUGGCUUUGGCACCACUAGCACUGGCUUUGGCACCAGCUCUGGCUCUGGCUUUGGUACCAGCUCUGGCUCUGGGUUUGGCACGAGCUCUGGGUUUGGCACGAGCUCUGGGUUUGGCACCACCAGCUCUGGCUUUGGCACUACUAGCUCUGGCUUUGGAAGCGCCGCCCCAGCCGCUGGCAAUGCCGGAAGCGCCUCGACUACCGAACCUUCUUCCGCCUCACCCGCACCUGCCCCUGCACCUGCGGCAGGCGGCAGCAGCAGCAGCGGCACCACCUCUUCGAGCAGCGACUCGACGAACAACGAGGACUGGGACGAGAAGAGCUUUGUGUUUGUCACGCGAGGUGUGCACGCACCUCCCAAGCCUUUGGGUGAGGUGAUUGCCAUCGACGCGGCGUUUGCGGUCGUCCGGCCGUUCCCCGCCGAGGAUUCGCCCUCGCCCGCGUCUGACGCCGCCAGUGCCAGCAAUCUCCGAGUGUUCAAGACCAGCGAGAUUGUUUCGGUGCAGUCGUCUACGCUUCACAGCGAUGCUGAGCUGGUGAUUGACAGGAUUUUCGAACUCAUUCAACCCUACCCGGUGGCGGUGCCCGAGCCCGUGUACAAUCCCGAUUCUGCUUCGGCCCAUCACCGUGUGACGUCUGUUGCGGUCGACUGGUCUGGCAUUUAUCUUCUUCGCACGGCUGAGGACGGUCGCAGCUCGUGUGUCUUGUACAAGUCGGCCGACGCCCGCAACCCUUCCAAGGUCAGCGAGACGCAGGCCGAGAAGUACUCUUGCCGUGUCUGCAGCAAGCGGUUUUCCUCUCGCAACCAGCUCUUCCAGCACAUUGAGGUCUCCAACCACAAGGCUGAUGCGAAGCGUGAUGCGGGGCUGCCGUCCAAGCGCGCUCCCAAGGAGCCCGCUGACCGUAUCGUGAUUGGCCCGAGUCAUACCAUCUUUGCGCGUGGGCUUGACGGAUUCCUGCACGGGUUUGGUGCCGACGGCUCGCGGGCGUGGAACAGCGCGGAUUCUGCUUCGUGUCCACCCACGCGGUUUUGCACUGGUGUUGGCUACCUUGGUGGUGGCUACGUCUUGUUGAUGCUUCAGCAGCAACGCCUGCUGCCUGCGAUUCGCGCCGAUGACACUGAGCAAGUCUCGACCUUGCUCAAGGCCAUCCAGAGCGGUGCAGAGCUUGAGGCGAUGCUGUCUGAGCGCGCGCCGUCUAAUCGCAAUGUGCUUCAUUUGUGCGUCAGCGUCCAAAUGGCACACACCAUCCUCAGUGCGCCGCACCUGUCGGACGAGUUUGCUCGGACUCUACUGUUCGAGCGCGACAGCAAUGGCACCACCCCUCUCGAAGCAGCGCUGUGGGAUGACCGUCUGGCACUGGCUCCCUUGUUGCUGCGUUACAUGACUCGCUCGUUGAACUCGGUCACGACGUCAGACCAGCAGGUCGCCCUGGCUGGUACCUUGAGCGACUCCCUCGUUGCCCUUCUCGAGGUGGAGCGGUCGAAGGCUAUUCUUGACAAGGUCGUGACUGGCGCCAAUGCUGCUGCUGCUGCUCCUUCGACCACAACAACAACAACAACAACAACAACAGGAGCUGCCGCUUCGUCGUCCGAAGCAUCCGCAUCUCCAGACGAGUUCACUUGGGCGGCAGGCCAGCCACUCGCUGCUGACAAGUUCGUCACGUUGCACGGCGCCAAGCAUGACAAUUCGAGGCUCGAGUUUGGGUUUCCAGCUGGCGCGGCGACUUCUUCGGCUCCUGCUGAAGCUGUCGGAGCCAUUUGGCUCAAGCGCCCGAUGCAAGUCAAAGGCGGGUUUGAAGCAGACUUUACCGUGACGCUCCCGCGCAACGCUUCCAAUGCCGACCCCGUCGUGCGAGGGUUUGCCUUCGUCCUUCAAACAGUUGGUCUCACUGCAGUGGGCGAAGGCUUCGACGGCAUCGGGUAUGAUGGAAUGCCCCAGAGCCUCGCAAUCGACUUCCGGCCCGGUACGAGCCAGUCCUGGCUGGUGGCCAUUCAUUCCUGCUGGGGCAACCCGGCUGCCGACGAGCCCACCAACUCGGCCAGCCUUGCUUUUGCGCUCGCAGCGACGGCUACCGAGUUCACCACUGUGCCCAAUAUGGGCGACGGUUUGGCGCAUGAUGUGCACCUCACGCUUGAGGGAAGCACGCUGCGUGUGUACAUUGAUCGAAACACAAACCGCAACGCGGUGCUUUCUUGCGAGCUCAACGAUCUUGUGUUGUCCUUCCUGGACCAACUCAAUGGCGCCGCCCACGUUGGCUUUACCGUUGGCCACAAUCGCAAUCCCGGUGCAGUGGCCGGGUUUAUCAGCGCUCUCAGCUUCAAGUCAACGUCCUCAAAGCCCUCCGCAGACUCAGCUUCCACUGGCCUGCCUAGCACGACGCCAGACACCAAAAAGUCAUCACCGUCGGCUCCAAUCCUUUGGGCUACCCCUGGCGCUGAUCUUUUCGAUGUCGACCUGGACGCAAUGCUCGAUCCCACACUUCUCAUGUCGGGCGAGCCAACCCAAGCGACUCGACCUCUGUUUGCGGCGUCGGCGUUUUCGCUGUUUCCCACCCAAAAGACCGAGGCUCCUGUUCCUGUUGCGCGAUUUGCAUUCGGUUUCACCACCGACGCUUCCAAAUCGGCUGCGUCUUCCGCCCAAGCUCCGUCAGAGGCGUCUUCGACGGACCAGACUGGCGCCCAGGCGGCGCUGAAAAGCAGCGGCAACAGCGGCACCAGCUCCGCCACGACAACAACCAGUACCACCACGCUGCGCAACGUGCCCGCCUUCACCGCGUUCGCCCUCGCGCAGUCGCCUCCGCUCUCCAGCAUCACCGCAGAGACGUUGGUGCCGGUCGCCGUGUUGGCUGCCGUGCGAGAUGCGGCCCAGCCUUCGGGCAAGACGGCGUCCAGCCUCCCUCUGGGCCAGGUGGCCUCCGUCGUGCGCUUUGUGUUGGCGUUGCAACCAGAGCACACAGACUCGAUUGAGUCCGCCACAGUGCCUCUGGGACUGAUUCUCAAGAAAGAAGUAGCCCGCCGCGUGGUUACAAUCAUGUCGAUCAAGCACAGUUUGACGUCGCUGGUUGACUUUAUGCUCGACCAUCAGCCGGCCUUGCUGUAUCGAUCUGUUUCCAGUGUCCACUUUGGCACCAAGGCAAUCUCGACCUCGACCGUGACGCCAUUCUUGCAUGCGAUCAAGUGCCAAAACACACCCCUCGCUCUUCGUGUGUUGCACAAGUUUGAGGAGCAGGGCGACACGCACUUGCGCCACCUGCUGACCACCCCGGACGAUGAAGGCAAUGGAGCUUUGCACCAUCUCCUGGACAGCAUCCAUCCUGGCGCUUCCCCGCUUUUGGAUGUCAUUGUUCGCCUUGGUCUGACAACCGUGCCCGAGUGUCUGACACGUGUGAACGGCAAGUCGCUGACGCCUUUCACGAACGCGCUUGACGCACCGAUGGAUGCCUCUGCAGCCCAGUUGCUUGCCGCCGUGCGAAAGCAGGUGCAAGAGCUCCUGGCUGCUGGCUCGGCGAGCAGUCGCGUGUCCCUGUUGUCUCGAGUCGAGUCCUUUGUGUCCGACUCGACCAAGACCGACGACGGGAUGCUUUUGCACCGCAUCAUGGCCAACACGGGUCAGUUUGGGAGCAGCGUCAGCAGCUACCUCAGUGCCAACCCAAUCGAGCCCGCAACACACACGGUGCAGCGUCUCUUGCAGCUGAAUUGGUGCACCUUCCCGGCCACUGGAUCGCAGUUCAAGAACCAGUACUACUACGUUUGCCACGACUGCAAGCCUCGUGCGCAGAACGGCAGCAGCAUUCUGGCUGCAUGCGAAGUUUGCAUUCUCACCUGCCACAAGGGCCAUCGCGUUUCCGAGGAGCUUGUUGGCGACUUUUUCUGCGACUGUGGCGCAAAUGCGCUGCCCUCGCCUUGCUGCAGCCUGCUCCCCAGCCACGCGAGCCGUUCUGGUGCAACUGCUGCUUCGCGACUUGCGCUCACGGACGAUCUCAUCAAGUUUUGCCUCGAGUUUGUGCCGACGACGCUCAGUCAGCUUGAUGACAACAAGAUGACUCCCUUCCUUCGCGCCAUCUACAGCGGCGGCCUCGACCCUGCGCUGAAGCUCCUCGAGCUGAUUGAAGCGCGGCCCGACGCCAAGGCGUUGGCGCAGCAGUGCAUCAUUCCAUCCGACUGGCGUGGCAACUCGCCUUUGCAUUUGCUUGCCGCCUUUGCAUCGCACACGAGCUAUCCCUCUGGCGCGGUCUUCAAGGCUGUGGUUGGCAAGCUGGUCGCGUUGCACCCUCCGUUGCUCACCCAGCUCAACUUGACGUGCGAAACGCCUCUGCACGUCUUUUUGCAGUCGUCGCUGGUCAAAUCGACCUGCUCGUUGGGUUCCACAAGCGGACCUGCCCCGGCCAACAACGGUGGCUUUGGGGGGUUCGGGAACAAUAACAAUCAGGACGCGGCUGCAAUGCAAGCCACCAUCACCGAGACUUUGGAGCGUCUCAAUCGCACGCCGGAACAGGGCUUUGCCGAGUUUGCCGACAAUCAGUCCUCUGGCACAAACUGGGCCUCUCUGCAAUCUUCGCUCUUGGCCGAGCUCUGUGAUGACGUCGAGCCCCGUUUGGCCGAUGUUGUGGCGCAUGGAUUGGCUCUGCGCGAAAAGGCCCGCGCCAAGGCCAGCGCCAGCGAGGCCUCUGCUCCGGCCGCAGCGAGCACAUCGGCAGCAGCCAGCGCGUCAGCCGCAGCCAGCACCUCAACCGCAGCCAGCACCUCAACCGCAGCCAGCACCUCAACCGCAGCCAGCACGUCCGGCACUGCUACAACCACCUCCGAACCUUCAACAUCGCGAUCUAGCUCUGCAGACGAGGCGUCCCGCCGGUCGCGGCCUGCCCUGCAGCGUGUUGCCGCAGCAAGCGAGGAUGCACCGGCAACCGCUGAAGGCAGCACCCUGGUCAGUGCCGAGCAGGCGGCCCAGCAAGACGCGCCCGCAGCCGUGUCCAAGUUGGAUGAUUUGGUGUUCUUGAUGAUGCAGCAAGGGCCUGGGCUGGUCGAUCGCAUCAUUGAUUGCAUUUUUGCCGGAUCGGACAAGCUGGAUGCGCCAGAGACCUCGCAACCGUCUUCUGCGGCCGUGCUUGUUGACGACGCUGCCUCGCCGUUCUUUGAGGCCUCGCGAAACGCGUCGCCGUCUCUUGCCAUGUCGCUCCCCAACAUCCAAGGACGGUUUGUGCGCUCGGUCGUUCGCGUUUUCAUCACCCACUAUCUGUCUGUGCCGGAGGCGGAGCGGCCAAAGUUUGAAAUUCAAACGUCCGGAUUCUCGUUUGGCAACAAUUUCAUCACCAACGGGGCGGUCGCCCUCGAGUUGUCGAUUGUGGCUGCCAACUGCCGACGUGUCUUUGAUGCCUUCCCGCUGGUUGCCGUGCGGGAGCUCUCCGAGAGCGGACGCGCGCUUUUUGCCAUCCUGCAGCAAGGGUCUCUGUCGCCGGCCGAGCAUCGACUGCUUCUCCCCGGUCGCGACCCUCUCCGAGCGCGCAAGUGGGCCGUGUUCAACCGCCCGACGCUCAAGCCGGGCCAAGCGAUUCCGAUCGAGACGGUGGACCGGCAGUCUCUCGAGUGGGCCCAGACACCCAUCACGGAAGAAAACAAGACGAAAGGAGCCCAGAUUCUCACCAGCAUCUUCUCUCGCAUCCUCAAAGAAGUGGCCGAGCUGGCGCACGGGUACGAGGCCAAGCUCUCGCACAAGAAUGAUGCCGUGUCUGAAAACGCUGCGGCCUUGUCCAGUGUCGGCUCGGCCAACGUGGUUGCCGAUGAAGCCGCGUCCAGCCCGGCCAUCAGCAUUGCGCUGUCCUCGGAAGGAGUGCCAAACAACGCAUCCCCGGGCGCAAAGCACUCGUACACGGUUCGCCGGCGUGUCCGCCACACGCCGUUUGUGCGGGAGGAGAUUCACCGCAUUGUCGUCCGGAUGGCGAGUGCCCCGUGGGCUUGGAUUGCGUCGUCGAUGGAUUUGCUCGAAGCUCAGCUGCGCGAGGGCUUGGUGAUGCCCUUCCCGAUGGGCAAGGGCACCGUGACGGGCACCAUUUUGUCCAUUUUGCGAGCACACAACCACGAGCAUGGCCGUCUCACACCCGCGGUGAACGUGCACGGGUCCAAGUCUCUGGCCUACAUUGUGGACGCGUUCUUCUUCUUGCUCAAGCACCUGCCUCGCAUGUCCCAGUCGCUCGGUAUCUCGCUGUCGCUGAACGAGCCGCUGGCACCCUCUGCGGCCUUGUCGCCCAGCACUAGCACGCCCUCCACGCCGAGCGUGUCGGAUGCGGCUGCACAGUCGCCGCCGUCGCUGCCUUCGACGCCGUCCGGGACGCAGAAGCGUGUCACAAAGAUGGACUCGUUCUUCCACCGCUCCGCGUCCAUCCAGGGAUAUGUCCAGGGAGAUGCAGACCCGAGCUCGCCGCUCGUGUCGACACCGCUGAAAACAACCAUCCCAAUCGCAGUCAACCCUUCGCUGUUGGAUGUCCAGAAGGCGGGCAUCAUGGCGCUGGGCAUGAGCGACGAGCAACUGGGUCGGUCCAACCUGCGCAUGACUUUGAUCUCUCGGCUCGAGUCCCGUGACCAAGUCGGCCGGUCGUACCAUUCUGCGGGUCGCGGUGGCGGCGGUGCACACGGACACGGCGCCGCUCACUCGCACAUGUCGCACUCGCCAGCGCACCAACUGGGUGCCCAGCAAGGCGCUCAUCCCGUUUCCAUUAGCGGCGUCGGAGUGUCGCCGCUCGAUUCGACCCAUCCGAUUACGCAUCAGUCCAGCAUCGGCGCGAGCUCGACUGCUUUGGUGGCCUUGGCUCUGGAAGAUGCGUCGUACGAGGACCUCAUGUCGCGUUGGUGCCUUGCACUCCGCUUGUUUGCCCGCUGCUUCUUUGCCGAGCUGUCCCGAGAGCGCGACUCGCAGGUCGUCCAACUUGCCGAGUUUACCGUCAAGAUUGAGCACUUCCAGCGCCUCAUGUCAGAGUCGUUGAGCGAGGCUGGCGGCUCGUCCAUGUCGUUCGAGCAGGUUGACCGCGAGAACAUCUUGCCUGGCGUGUUUGAGCAACUCGGAAGGUCGGAGGGCCGCGUCUCCAGCGUCUCCGCUCGGUUUGCACGCGAGGACGGUGGCGGUGCUGGCGUGACGCGCGGUUUCUUCACGGCGGUCGCCGAAGCUCUGAUGGCGCCGCCUCCGGCACCAAACUCGGAGGCUGGCAGGAAGGCUGCGGCGCAGUUGGCUGCUGCGAUGAACAGCAACCAACCGCACAAGCACGCCGACUCGCUCUUCUACGAACCCGGCAACGCGGGCUUCUUUUCGCCGCGCCACUUCCCCGAGUUUGAGCUCCCCACGUUGCCCGUCAACUCGAGUGGCCAGCCAAUCAUCCCCCCUGAAAAAGCGGCCGAUUAUGCUCGCCGGGCUGCCAUCCUCAAGCAGUAUCGAUGCGUUGGGCGCUUUAUUGCAUUGACGCUCGCCACGCAGCACACCAUUCCCCUCACAUUCAAUCGGCAUGUGAUCAAGUACUUGCUCGACAAGCGUCUUUACUCGCACGAUCUGGCCUUCUACAAUGUGCAAAAGUUUGAGUCGCUGAGCUACUUUGUGCGGGCGCCGUACGCCGAGUGGGCCGACAUUGAGCAGACAUUUGAAAUUUCGCGCAGCGAAGAGGAGGGCGGCGGCACCGUUGAGCUGAUGCCUGGCGGCAAGGACGUGCUGGUGACUGCUGAAAACGCCCAUCUGUUCUUCAAGCUGCAUGCCGAGUUUUUGAUGGUGACCAACGUCCAGCCUGCACUCGACGCCAUGCGCGAGGGCUUUGUUGCCGCGCUGCCCCGUGGACUGCUCGGCUACCUGACCCCCGAGGAAUUCUUGUUUGUUUUGAACGGCUCCGGAUCCAACAUCAAGAUGGAGGACUUGCGUGCCUGCAUUCACUUCCACCGACGCAUGGGGCUCACCCCCGAGCGGACUGCCGAGUUUGAGGGCUGGCUGUGGCAGGUUCUCGAGGAGCUGUCUCCGCAAGACAAGAGCAAGUUCUUGUACUUUGUCACUGGCAGCUCGCGUCUGCCCGCCAACCGCCAGCACUUUAACCUCCAAAUCACGCUGACUGGUUGCACAAGCGACUCGAGCUGUAGCAUUGGCACCUGCACGCACCUGAUCACGGCCGCCUCCUGCUUUAUGCGUGUCGACUUCCCAUUGUACGCGUCGCUCGACAUUCUCCGCGAGAAGCUCAACUAUGCGAUCAACAAUUGCAUUUCGUACCUGUUGCAUUGAGCUUCUUUUUUUCGUGUUUUGUGUUUUUUUCUCUUUGUGAUGUUUGUGCUGUUCUUUCUUUUUGUGAUGUUUGUGUUGUCCAUCCUCUUUGUUGCUGCUGUUGUCAAUGUUGUUGUUCUUUCUCUCUUUUUUUUUUUCUUGUCACAUACGUUUGAAUGUAUUUCGUCCUUUGAACAACAAUGAAGAUUGCCAACCAUGAACA